AUAUAUACAUACACAUGUCACAUGUUCGCGCGACCGAAACAAGCCCCUAGCUAAUAAGCUUUCUUCCUUUCUCCACACUCGGUCGCUCCAACAUCCGGCUGCGUCGGAUUCCCCAGUCGCCCCUCCAGCCUCCAGCCUCUAUUCUCUUAGACUUUAGCCCCCUCUCCCUCCACCCCCCUCCCCAUCGCAAUCGCAAUCGCUCUCGCUCUCGCUCUCUCCUGUUGGCCCCGUUAUUCGUUCGCGCUCGCUAUCCUGCUCCAGCAAUGAGUCAUUGUCGCCGUCGCCUCAACUUAGCGGCUCCUGUGUAAUCGCCAGUGCCACGCAAAAUGAGUGCCCAGCGCAUUGGUGUCUUUACCAUCGAUUUCCCAGAUCCAAACGUCAUCCAGUACGAGAACAACAAGUUCAAUACCCUCAACGACAGCGUCUCGUUCCAGUACCGCAUCCCCUCCAACAUCCAGACGCUUUCGACAAAGGGCGUCGAUGCCGGCACCGAUCCCUACGGCAUCCUCUACGUACCCAAUCUACAAACAGAUGCGUGUAGGAGUGAAGAGCAAGACCAUGUCCCCGCCAACGUCACCCGGCUGGCCAAUCUCCCCGUGGGUAAGAACUACGCCCUUAUAGCCGUUGCGCCCUGGUUCAGUCCACAAUGCGUCAUCGAGUACUUCAGCGCCGCCCGCCAGGCUCCCACAAAAGCCAUAUUCGUCUACCAGCCAGGGAACAACAAUGCAAAGCCACCAGUGCUGAACGACCCUUCCUGGAACCUCCAGGAUGGCGGGAGUUGGCAGUCCGCAAACAACUUCCCCACCUAUGCCCUCUCGCCUAUGACUGGAGGCAACAUCAUGGACCAGCUCAACAAAUACUCGGGCAAUCUGACUACCGUCCCCCAUGGCGACGCGCUGGCGCAGACCUUUGAUCGUUCUGAUUACGUCCGAUUGUGGGCGACUGUCUCCACUGACUCUGUAGGCCAGCUGCCCAGUCUUUGGGUUUUUCUCGUCAUCGUCAUGGCCAUAUUGCUUGUCGCUGUCAGCGUGACCUCCCUCGCCAUGCACGUCAUCCAGCGCAGGCGCCGAAAUGACCUCCGCCAGCGCGUUGUCAACGGAGAAGUGGAUCUCGAAGCACUGGGCGUCAAGCGCCUGAAUGUCUCGCAACAAGUCCUCGACAAGCUCCCUAUAUACACGUACACGGCUACCUCUCCAGAUGUUCCAGUACAGCCAGCUCCACAGGUUCCUCCGCAGGUCCUAAACCAGCCAACUUCGUCUGUAGACUCGGAAACCGGCCAAAAGAUGUCACAGCUGUUCCGUCGGUCGUCUGUGCCUGCCAUGUCGACGAUUGGCAUGUCGACAUCCUUUUCCCAGCCAACCUGCCCCAUAUGCCUCGACGAUUUCGAGCCGAACGAAACACAGGUGCGUGAAUUACCGUGCCGCCACGUCUUCCAUCCUGAUUGCAUCGAUACCUUCCUUCUCCGCAACUCGUCGCUAUGUCCUAUGUGCAAGCAAAGUGUUUUACCCAAGGGCGAUUGCCCGGUUCACAUCACGAACGUAAUGGUACGGAGAGAGCGGCAUAUCGCCCGCAUGCGUGCAAGGAGCGCUCAUACGUCAAACGGGCUGCCAAGCACUGUUCAGUCGCACGCUCUCACAACCUCUCCUGCACCCACAGAUCGACAGGCAGGGACAUUCGGGUCGCUAGGAAGUCGAGUAGGAGCGGCGUUCACUGGGCGACGUAUCUUUAGUGCUCCAGAGCGGACUCAAUCGAGACCGCUGGACAUUGAGAUGACGAAUACGAACAACACAUCACAGCCGUCGGCUCUACAUUCGGGCCUAGUUCAGUCAGUCGGUACACCACCAGUUCCAGCGACUCAAGUAGCUACGCAGAACUGUGAGCCUACACAGAAUCGAAGAGAAUGGGCGCGACAAAGAGCAUUAGCCUUGUUGGGCAACCGUCAUGCACCACCUAGCGAUGUGGAAGAAGCGGAAUCUGGUCCUCGCUGGCGGCGGACGGUCCGUAAAGUCUUUCCUGGAUUCCGAUAACAAUCUUUUAUACCCUUUCCUUGUUCUAUGAUAGCGAUGCUGGAGGGUUUGGCAUAUGGAUGGCGCACCUAGUCUUUGGCGAUAUACUUGGUGGUGUUUAGGAAAACUUGCAAGCGUCUCGCUUAUGGAGGCUCAGGAUUGAAUGUGAUGGACGCAGCGUCUUUCCUUCACUGCACA